UUCUAAACAUAUAUAUUUGGGGGCUGACAAACUCUCCUUGUUUAAAUUCAUAUAUAUUUUCUAAGGAAAAAACUUCAUCAAAAAAAAAGAAAAGAAAGAAGAUAAAUGGCGUCUAACAAAGUCUCAUUCUUCUUGGUUCUUUGCCUUUGUGUUCUCUCAACAGCAGAGUUUGGAGAAGCACAAAUUCUAACAGGAAUAAAAUGCCCAGAUCCAAACGGCCACGACAAAGAAGAUAAAUGUAAUAUUUACUGCCUUAAUCAAAAUUAUAUGGGUGGUUCUUGUCAAGGUUACAAAAAUCAUUAUAUGUGUGAAUGCUAUGUAGGAUAAGAAUACAUCUCAUGGUUGAAUAUGUAUCUCUUGUCAAUUUCUUAUCAUAUAUAGUGGGAUUUAUGAAAUAAUGUGGAACACAAAAACCUAUAAAUGUAAGGUUAUUAAUAAUUUGCAACAUAUUGAAAAUGUUUGGUUAACCAGUGCUGUACUGAUUUUAAUUUUUGGAAGCCAUGUUCGAUUUGUAACUAGUUAUAUUAAUAUAUACCCGAUCUCAGUAUCCUGAAGGGAACCCUCCCUUUCUUGGAUCACUUACUGCCACAAGGUCACUCAUUCCACCAGAACUUGCACCAGAUUCUUGAACUAUGAACUGAACAAUCGUUAGGCGUUAGGACAUGACCUUUCUUCUCCAACACAACUCUUGUCUCUUUAGGAAUCUCGAAAUGAUCACUGAACACUGUCGUCUAGUUUUCAUACGAAACUAUGUUUGGUAUCAGCUGAAAAUGAAAAUUAUUACAAAAAGCAUAUUUUAGGAAUGAGUAGAGAACGAGAAAGUUUCUAAGGAAAAAUAAAAAAACGAAAAACCUGAUGGUAGAUUCUUGGAGCCAAAACGGAAGAAAGAGGAUCCAUCUUG